AUGGACUCCGAAAAUGAGCAAUUAAUAUGCAAAAUAGAAAAGAUGGCCACGUAUAUACAAGAACUAGAAACAACACUAGAUGCGCGUGAAGACGAGAACGCUAAAUUGGCUGAUAAGAUGUAUGCGGGGUUUGACAUGCUGGAUGCAGUUAAAAUAAAACAGGAUGAGCUGUUCCACGAGCUGGAAAAUAAAAACAGUAAGCUAAUUCAAGAGCUUGACGACUAUCAAUGUAUGUUCGAUAAACACUCGGCGGGGUACCAAGAAGAAAUCGACUGUUUACAGUAUAAGUUAGAUACGCAGGUGGCUAGGUCGAAGGAACUAGAAAACAUUGAGACAAACCACUUGGAUGAAAUUACAAACCUGCAAAAGCAACUUUCGUAUGCAACAAAGAAGUCUCAUGACACCCAACGACUAUUGAAAUCAGAACUUAAAUUAAAAGAUCAAGAAUUUAUUUGUGUACAAAAUGCUUUGGCGGAUAAGAUCAUGAAAUACGCAGAACUGGAGAAAAAAUUGAGCAUCGAACAAGACUGCAACGAGAGUUUGCAGUCCUCGAUGUGCGAACUCAAAAUGAAAUACGAAAAGGACGUAUGCGUGACGCAAGCAGAGAUAACUGGACUGCGAAAGGAGUUGAAAGAAAAUGUCGCUAAAUUAGAAAAGGCAGAACAUCAAUUACAAGAAGCAAGAGAUGAAAUAGUUAAGCGAACGACCGAGUUUGAAAAGACAAUCCAAGAAACCCGUGAAGCUUUAUGCAAAGAAAAAAAUAAAUUGGAGGAGAAAAAUAGUAAACUUAAGGCUGGUAAUCAGUCGUUAAUCUCAAGCAUGGAGUGUACUAAUACGAAACUUUGCGAAUCACUAAUGGAAAACAAAACACUGAAAUGUCAGCUCGCAGAUCAACACGAAUCGAUAAAACUUUUGGAGUCAAUGAAAAAUAGGCUACAACAGGAAAUAGAAAACCUCAAGGAGAACGAGGAGAUGUCGGCAAAAAUUUUGGCAACAGAGCGUGAACAGCAUGAACGGGAGCAGAAGAUUUCUGAAAAGAAAUUAGAGUUCAAAGCUCAGGAUGAGCGUGAACUUAAGGAAUUAAGUAAAAAACUAUCGGAACGAAUUAAAUGUUUGAAAAAAAUGAUACAUGACGAUGAUAUGUCCAAAAUAUGA